AUGAAAAAUACAGACAAAGAUUUUAUAGGAAAAAGUUAUUUUAGCAACAAUAAUAGACAUUUAAGUAAUUCAUCUACAACAGAAAAUGUUUAUUUUGAUAAACCAAAUGAUAACAGUAUAACUGUUAAUGAUUCAAAAAAAACAACUUCAAAACAAAUGAAAUUUUGGUUGUUUUUAAUUGGUUUUAUUAUGAUUUUAAUAACAAGUUAUGCGUUUUAUGACUUUUAUAAGAAAAAUUAUAAAGAUGUACCUGUUACUUUUAAAGAAUUUUCUAAAAACUUUAAAGAAUAUUUAAAAAAUAAAGCUAAUAAAGAUUGUAAGUUAACAUCACCUUUACUUCUUUUUAAAGACAAAGGAAAAGAAGCUAAUGAUAAUAUUUUAAAAAAAUUUGAAAAUUUAUAUUCAACUAAAAUAAAAGAGGAAGAAAUUCAAAGAAUUUUUCCUAUAGAAUCAAUGUUUUUUGAAGUAUUUUCUAUAAAAAAUCUUUUUAUAGAAAAUUUUUUAAAAGAAAAAAAAUAUAAAAUCAAAUUUAUAGAUGAUAAUUUUAUAUUUUUUAUAGGAGAAGUUCUUAUUGAUGGUUCUGGUAAAUACUUAGAAGAUCCAAAAUUAAGAGUUUAUAUACCCGUGAUAAAAGAAAUUAUUGAAUGUUUAAGAGAAGCAUUUAAUGACGAGUUAGAACAAUUAAUUAAUUAA